GCUGAGGCUUCCCCUGCAGUGGAGUAGUGCUUUAGGUUUGAAUGCAUGAUGAGUCUCACUCAGCCCUCUUGGUCACCGGAUUGAAGUCGGGGGGAAAAAGUGCCCGCUGAUGCCUGGCUGCACCCAGCUCCGGACAGGAGGUGGAGGGCAGCCUGUCCUUGGAAGCAACUUGCUUUCCUCCCAGAGUGCGCUUGCCAGCCCGGGCUGCGCCCCGCCUGGAAUCAGAUUGUCCCGGGCUCCUGCCGGCUUUCAGUGGAGAAGAGGAAUUGUCCUCAACACCAAAUCAGGAGAGCCAGCCGCCCAAGACCCUGGACGGAUUGCACCUGGCGGCUUGCAGAUAGAGGCGCUUACUUCUGUGCCUCACCCUGAGGUUGGCAUCCCCUGCCUGGGGAUGCCCAGUGAAGUCUGAGUUCCGGAGAACACCUGAGCUGUACCCAGACAUCCAGCAAGAGAAUUCCUGCAUCCACCUAAGGUAAGUGCCAUUAGGGCACCUUCUGGACGAGGGAGUACUACACAGCGGAUUUGAAAAUGACUCCAAGGAGGUCCAGAGUGAAAAGGCGGAAUCUCCGCAAACCGAAGACGAAGUUCCUUCUCAUGAACAGGUUCACCCUGCUGCUCCUGCUCCUAGUGAGCCCAAUGCCAGUUGUUCAGGCUCCUACCAAUCUCACUGACUCCGGCCUUGAUCAGGAGCCAUUCCUGUACUUGGUUGGCCGCAAGAAGCUGCUGGAUGCUCAGUACAAAUGCUAUGACCGGAUUCAUCAGUUGCCUCCUUAUGAGGGAGAAGGUCCAUACUGCAACCGCACCUGGGACGGCUGGAUGUGCUGGGACGACACUCCCGCUGGAGAAAUGGCCUAUCAGCAUUGCCCUGACUACUUCCCUGACUUUGACACAGCAGAAAAGGUUUCAAAAUACUGUGAUGAAAAUGGAGAGUGGUUUAGACACCCUGACAGCAACCGAACCUGGUCCAACUAUACUCUGUGCAAUGCUUUCACUUCGGAGAAACUGCAAAAUGCGUACGUUCUUUAUUACCUGGCUCUUGUGGGUCACUCCUUGUCAAUUGCUGCUUUGGUUGCUUCCAUGUUGAUCUUCUGGAUUUUCAAGAACCUUAGCUGCCAGAGAGUGACUCUGCACAAGAACAUGUUCCUUACUUAUAUUCUGAACUCUAUCAUAAUCAUCAUCCACCUGGUUGAGGUUGUGCCCAACGGAGAUCUGGUGCGACGGGAUCCUAUGCAUAUUUUUCAUCAUAACACACAUAUGUGGACAAUGCAGUGGGAACUGUCACCACCCUUACCCCUGAGUGCACACGAGGGAAAGAUGGACCCUCAUGACAGUGAAGUGAUAAGUUGCAAGGUUCUACACUUUUUCCAUCAGUACAUGAUGUCUUGCAACUACUUCUGGAUGCUCUGCGAGGGGAUCUAUCUUCAUACUCUGAUUGUCAUGGCUGUGUUUACCGACGAGCAACGCCUGCGCUGGUAUUAUCUUCUUGGCUGGGGGUUCCCGAUAGUGCCAACCAUUAUCCAUGCCAUCACUCGUGCCCUCUACUACAAUGACAACUGUUGGCUGAGUGCGGAAACCCACUUGCUUUACAUCAUCCAUGGACCCGUCAUGGUGGCUCUGGUGGUCAACUUCUUCUUUCUGCUGAAUAUUGUCCGCGUGCUUGUGACCAAGAUGAGGCAAACCCAUGAGGCCGAGUCCUACAUGUACCUGAAGGCUGUGAAGGCCACCAUGGUCCUUGUGCCCCUGCUGGGGAUCCAGUUUGUUGUGUUUCCCUGGAGGCCCUCCAACAAGGUGCUUGGGAAGAUCUAUGAUUAUCUCAUGCACUCUCUGAUUCAUUUCCAGGGAUUCUUUGUGGCAACUAUCUACUGCUUCUGUAACCAAGAGGUGCAAGCCACCCUGAAGCGCCAGUGGACGCAGUUCAAGAUCCAGUGGAGCCAGCGCUGGGGAAGGCGCCGCCGCCCUACCAACCGCGUGGUUAGUGCUCCUCGGGCUGUAGCCUUUGCUGAGCCAGAUGGCCUCCCCAUUUACAUCUGCCAUCAGGAACCAAGGAAUCCUCCAGUAAGCAACAACGAAGGCGAGGAGAGUGCUGAAAUGAUCCCAAUGAACGUCAUCCAGCAAGACCAGGAUGCAUCUGCUUGAAUGUGAAGCAACCCCAAACAUUGUGAUCCACUGAGCCUUCAUUUCCUGAGGAAAAGACAUGCAUUUCAAAUGAUUCCCAUCCUCCCAGGAGCUGAGCAUAUCAUUUGUGAAGAAGUUUUAAGUGAAUUUGUCCAUAGUGAAUUUGAAGAAAGUUAUUCUUGGUACUAUUGCUUUGGGAGUCAGUCUAGGAAUAGAGUCUCCCAUUGCAACUUGUGAACUCCAUCUUUCAUCCUGGACUGAGAUGACAGUGUUCGUAGGAAAGCAGGCAAGGUAUCCAAAAAAUGUCACUAAAUUGACCUAAUUCCGAUACAGGGUGCUCCUUGUUAAUCUUGAGCCAUUUGUACCUUUGAAAAAUUAAAAUUGCUCUCAAUGUUUUUAAUUUUGACACUGGAUUUUUGAAUUAGACUCUGUAUUUGACUAUGGAUCUGGUUUUUAAUGUAUUUAUUUCAGUCAAUGCCUAUAUUACACAUUUUACCAUCCAUACAAUGUCAACUGCACAAAUAACAUGACCUCUGAAAGAUUCUGUGUCUUUUAUAGCAUGAUCCAGUUCACCAGGCAGACCUAAAUGCUGUAAUGAAUUGAUCUGAACAUUGAAUGCUUUGGUCACUGACAUUUAUAAAUUGGGAGGUCACCAAGAAUCUAUUGCCAAAUUUUUCACAAAACUGCCCCCCCAAAAUGUAACACUCUUUAAAGAGAGUUUUCCACUUUCCUAAACUACAGGAUUUAUAAAACAAAUCACUCCAAGGUUUAUAAAGCAGAUUACCUCUUGCCCCUGGGUGCUAUCUAGCAGUAAGAGAUAGAUUUGUUUAUGACUGGUAAUUAAAAGACUCCAUACAAGUCCAUUAACUGCCUUCCACCCAGCUUCAAAGCUUAACAAGAUCCCUGUGUUUUCCAGGAAGACUCUGUGUGGCUAAUUACAAAUCAGUUUCUGGUUGAACUCUUGUUUGCUGCUAUUAGCAAAACAAGGGGGGGGACCCACAAUGUAAAGACUUCAAGUUUAACCACAUAUUAACUCAUCCUAAAUUAAAAACAGAGCUUCUCAUCAAAACCCAGUACUAUAUAUAUAUCUCCAUAGCUCUCUUUACUCCCCAGGAUGAGAGUUUCAAAGACCCAUGAAUAAACCAAUACCAUCACCAAUUUCUGAAUCUGCACUAGCAAUCAGUUUUUAAUUUGUAUGCUAAAUGAGGAGCUUCACUGAGACCCUCAAAAUCUCCUCUCAUCUUUUUCUUCCUAUGUCACUGCCUUUCAGAGGUGAUUUAGUUGUGUAAAGACAAAAGUAACUUGAUUCGUUCUGGUUACAUACUUGGUGCACCCAGAGAAAAUUGUAUUUCACUAGUGACUGUGGACCUUGGAUACUGAGAGUCUCCUUUACCAAAAUGGAAAGAGGGAUUGAAAGGAAGGAUUUUUUCCAAUCACAGUGUUACAUGGUGAUGUGUUAUGUUUUGUUUACAAACAUCGAAAUCAGUGUAUUUCAGGCAGCUCUAGUACAAAUGUGAUAGUAUAUUGUUGAAGUGUUUGAGAUGUUAUUGUGCUUAUGUAGUAGGAGCUGAUGAAAUCAAACUGACUUACCAUAACAUUGCAUGUAAUACCUAAGUUGUGUGAAAUGCUUCUGCUGUGUACAUAUAUAAGUUAAUACAGAGCAUAUUAAAAAGGCAAA